AUGCUCCGGGCUCGCAGGAGUAGAUCAUUUGCGUACAAUGGACCUCAAUGGUCAGCAGCACGCCUCUGCAGUGGCAAGGCGAGCACCACAAACCCGUUCGCUGCUGCCGCCGCCAAAAAGGCUGCCGCCGCAAGCAGCACGGCGAGCACCACAAACCCGUUCGCAGCUGCCGCCGCCAAAAAGGCCGCCGCCGCAAGCAGCACGGCGAGCACCACAAACCCGUUCGCAGCUGCCGCCGCCAAAAAGGCCGCCGCCGCAAGCAGCACGGCGAGCACCACAAACCCGUUCGCAGCUGUCGCCGCCAAAAAGGCCGCCGCCGCAAGCAGCACGGCGAACACCACAAACCCGUUCGCAGCUGCCGCCGCCAAAAAGGCCGCCGCAAAGCCCGCAAAGAAGACCUGGCAGCCGCUCAAACUCACCGAGAAGCGACGCGAAUCGGACACAAUCACCUCCUUUGUCUUUGUGCACACAGACGGAAGCGCGCCAAUUUCGUAUGAGGCUGGGCAGUACCUCCCAAUCCGCCUGAGCGUGCCCGGAGUCAAGUCGCCGGUGGCGGAGGGUGUUGGCUCGCGCCACCUGCACGACGCGGUCGAGGUUGGCGACACGAUCGAGGGCAUGGCCCCAAAGGGCGACUUUGUGCUCAAGCGCGGCUCAACGCGGCCGAUGGCAUUCGUUUCGGGCGGCGUCGGCAUCACGCCGAUGAUUGCGAUGAUGAACACGUCCAUUGCCGAGGGCGUCGCGCGAGGCUCCGUGCCAAAGAUGGUCUUCCUGCACGGCGCGCGCAACGGCAGCGA